CCCCGGCGCUGUCGGUUGAGGCGAGCCGAGAGUAAAUAGACGCCGGAGCCCAAGAUGGCGGAGCUGCCGAGUCCUGGUCGUGGCGCGGCGCCCCCCGAGCAGGAGCUGCUCGGCGCCAGGACGGCCCCGGACGCGAAAGGUUCCCGUGGAUCCCAGCCGGCCGCCAAGAAGGUGAAGGGAGCCGAGGAGCGGAGCCUGAAGGGCGCUAAACGCGUCAACGGUGAAGGGGGCGGCGGUGGCGGGAGCGCCAAGCAGCCGCUGCCCGCGGUCGUGCCCAGCUACAGCGGCCCCGGGUCCUGGGGUUUCGCCGCGCUGCCCUCGGGCCCCUCGGCGGGCGCGGGGAGCUUUGCGUUCUCUUCCCCGCUGUCCCGGAAGCUGCUGCCGCCCGCGGUGCUGCUGCCACCGUCCGCCUCCCCCUCCUCGUCCCACCCGCAGCACCAGCACCGCCACCACCGGCACCGCCUGGCGCUGGCGGCCGAGGCGGGAGGCGGCGGCAGCGGCGGCAGCGCCAAGCCCAAGAGACCCAAGGAAAAGCGGGACAAGGAGAGGAGGAAGCACGGGGCGCUGCCCGUGGUGGCGGCGGCGGGAGAUGGCGGCGGGGCCCUGAGCCGGGAGGAGAACGGGGAGGUGAAGCUGCUGUUCCCGAAAGGUCAAAUCAAAGACAAAAUUAAAGAAAGGGAAAAGAAGCAAAAGGAGAAGAAGAAGCACAAAAUAAUGAAUGAAAUCAAGAAAGAAAAUGGAGAGAUAAAAUUGCUGCAGAAAGGUGGGAAGGAGAAACCAAAAACCAAUGCCGAAGAGCUACAGAUUAAAAAAGUGAAGAAGAAAAAGAAAAAGAAACAUAAAGAGAAUGAGAAGAGGAAACGUCCAAAAAUGUACAGCAAAUCCAUUCAGACCAUCUGCUCAGGAUUGGUUUCUGAUAUUGAGGAUCAGGAAGCCAAAGGCAUCAUAGAUGAUCAUCUUAAGGAUUUCAAUGGGAAAAAUAUGGAUCCCAAGAAGGACUGUGAGUCCAAGAUACCAGAGAACAGUGAGUUUCCAUUUGUCUCGUUAAAGGAGCCACGGGUUCAAAAUAAACUCAAAAGGUUGGACACAUUGGAGUUCAAACAGCUGAUUCAUAUUGAGCACCAGCCUAACGGAGGUGCAUCAGUUAUCCAUGCCUACAGUAAUGAACUCUCCCACUUGUCUCCUGUGGAGAUGGAGAGAUUUGCAGAAGAGUUUGUGGGUCUGGUUUUUAGUGAAAAUGAAAACUGUGCAGCUUACUAUGUAAUGGGUAUUGUUCAUGGGGCAGCUACUUAUUUACCUGACUUUUUAGACUACUUUUCGUUUAAUUUUCCCAAUUCACCAGUGAAAAUGGAGAUUUUGGGAAAGAAAGAUAUAGAGACAACGACUAUGUCAAAUUUUCAUGCUCAGGUAAAAAGAACAUACUCUCAUGGUACGUAUAGAGCUGGCCCAAUGAGACAGAUCAGCCUGGUUGGAGCAGUUGAUGAGGAAGUGGGGGAUUACUUCCCUGAAUUCCUUGAUAUGUUGGAAGAAUCACCCUUCUUAAAAUGUACACUGCCAUGGGGAACACUUUCUAGUUUAAAAUUAGAGAGUCGUAAAGACAGUGAUGAUGGUCCCAUCAUGUGGGUACGUCCAGGAGAACAGAUGAUCCCUGUGGCUGACAUGCCAAAGUCCCCUUUCAAAAGGAAGAGAACUACCAAUGAAAUCAAAAACUUGCAGUACCUACCUCGAACCAGUGAACCCCGUGAAAUGCUCUUUGAGGACCGGACCCGAGCCCAUGCGGAUCACAUAGGACAAGGUUUUGAGAGACAGACCACGGCUGCUGUGGGAGUGCUGAAGGCUGUGCACUGUGGGGAGUGGUCUGAGCAGCCUCGUAUAACCAAAGAUGUAAUUUGUUUUCAUGCUGAGGACUUCUUGGAGGUAGUUCAGCGAAUGCAGUUAGAUUUGCACGAGCCUCCACUCUCACAGUGUGUCCAGUGGGUUGAUGAUGCAAAACUUAAUCAGCUGCGAAGGGAAGGCAUUCGGUAUGCCAGGAUCCAGUUAUUCGAUAAUGACAUUUAUUUCAUCCCAAGGAAUGUUGUGCACCAGUUCAAAACGGUUUCAGCCGUGUGUAGUUUGGCUUGGCACAUCCGGCUCAAGCUCUAUCAUUCAGAGGAAGAGGCCUCUCAAAACACAAGUACUGGUGAAGCAGGGACCUCUGCAGACCCCAAGUCUUCGGGUGUUGGACUUCAGACUGACAGAAUUUGUACCGUGGGCAAAGAUACCUCCGAAGACACCAAAUUUCCAGAUGCUCUGCAGACCAAGUACCUGCAGCAGGAAUUUCUGCCAAUAAAACAUGAACCUCUUGCAUCUUUCCAAGUAAAAGAAGAACCCAUGAAUGUUGAUGUUGCUGAAAAGACGGUGACACCUAAUGACAUCGGGGGACAGAAUGUUCAGGCUAGGCUGGAUCACGUUGGGUUGACAUCACUAAAGUUGGAAAUGGAUUCUAAAUUUGAACCUGGCACCAAGGACUUACAAGGCAAGUUGUGCUCUGGAGGUCACGUACAUCCAGAUGAUACAAGACAGCCUAGCUCAUCAUAUCCAAAAUUGCAUGGACAAAGAGAGGAUGAUUUUUUGUGCUAAAUUUGUAUAUAUGGUUUUAAAUUCCUUUUUAAACUUAAUGAUGUAAUAAUGUAAAGAUCAUAAAUUGUGAGGCAAGUUUGUGACUUGUCUUCGCAUCUGUUACAGAAAAUAGUUAUGUAGCUUUGUAACAUUCCUCAGUGCCUGUCCAUAACUGUGAAGUAUCAAAGCACUUAGGGCCAGAUGCACUGUAAACACUGCAGGUUUAACAUAAAGAGGUCUUUAAAUAAUUUUGAGUUGUAGGUUUUAGAGUAGAGCUGACAUUUAACAUAUAUAUUUUUUGUAAGAUGAGCCAGAAUUCUUUUUGACAAUUCCAGGCUUUUCCAUAGAGCUUAUUUAUACCAAUUUUUUCAUUUUAAAUGUGUCAGCACUGUAGUGUAAAUAUCUUUUUUAAGAAUCUUUUUAGUGUGAUUUAUACUGAAAUGUGAGCCGCUUAAUAAAGGUUCAUAAUAACA